AAAAAUAUUGAUACUUCAAGACAUUAUCUGUCUCCCCAACACCAGUAUGACAAAUUCAACGAGACAAGACGGGGGCGGCUCUGGAGGUCAACGAUGUCGACGGUCCCGAGGAUUUAAACGAUGGUUAAUCUUACCCGGUCUGUUCAUGGCGUCUUUUCUAGAACUAGGAUCAGCAAGAACACUUUCGCUUUUUCUCGAUGACUUCACAUUUCAGUUUGAUGUCAGCACUUCAUACAUCGGUGCGAUUUACGGUCUUGCCACUGGAAUGCCGUACUUCUUGGCAUUUAUCACUGUGCCUCUGCUGCGGUAUUUCUCGGUCCGACAGCUUACUAUGCUUGGUGGUAUAUUCGUAUCAGGAGGACUGAUUGCUGCCUCGUUCACCACGUCAGCGCCACAGAUAACUGCUGCUUUGAUUCUGUCUGGUUUCGGAUGGACCUUCAUAUUUUUGCCAACUAGCUCGAGCCCUGCAGAAUACUUUCCUGAUCUGUUUGAGAUUGUGACUGGAGUCGCAUUUUCAGGUGCUAGUGUCGGAGUGAUGGUGAUGCCUUGGCUCUUUGAUACGAUCAAUGCAUUUUAUGGAUGGAGAGGCGGUCUUCUGAUGUUGGGUGCCUUGAAUUCCCAAUAUAUUUUAAUCGGUUCCCUUCUAAAACCUACCAAAGGGAGACGUACAAGAAAGAAUGCCCACGCAACCCAUGACGGUGGCAAAUCUCAAAUACACAAUAGCCUUGAUGUUGAAGCAGAUCAAGUUGGUGUAGACAUUAAACGCGGAUGCGAUCAAUCUCAAACAGGGACGUGCAGCGUUUUAGAAGGAUCAACCAUGUCACUACCGUCUAAUACCGAUCAAAGUGAAAAUGAGGCCGAAAAAGUUUGUACUUGUCAUGGCGAUGUCGCGAAAUUUCCACUUGACGCAAACGUCAGUAAGGAACUAAAAUUCGACAGUCAUUUGAUUGCAGAUUAUGGCGGUAAUAAUGGAUUUGUUAACGUGAGCUAUGAAGCAGAUCCGCUUCAUGAAGUACACACAAGGAAAAUGUCACAUCAAGGUCGUAGUCCAGAAUCGAAACGGCACAGUGUGAUAAAGGAGAAAUACGUAAAGCCGUCAACAUACCUUUCUAAUUGCGAUGAAUAUGAGGUUGAACCAAUCCCUGCAGAGCAUGAAAAUGUACAGUCAGCAACAACAAACCCCAACCAUGUCAACCAUGUCAACAGAAAGAGGGUAUACACAGCAGAUGCUGAAUUGGUCGAAAUCCAUAUAACCGAUACUAAGUCCAGCGACAAGGUCGGACGCGAAGUCGCCGACAACACUUGCUCUUUCAGGGCAUUAUCUUCAGUUGCACGGUUUUUCAAAGGACAUCCCAAAAUGAUCAUAAUUUGUUUCCAGGUGUACCUUUUCGCCUUUACCUACGCUGCCUGGGUCCUCUUUACCAUCCCUAACGCUCUAGCAAAAGGCCUCUCUGACACGAGGGCCGCCCAGCUCUCAAUCGCAGGUGGAGUCGCGAACUUCAUCGGUCGAUUCUCUUGUGGCUUUAUCACCUCUAAAGAACGGGCGAGUACUGAAAUUUGGUACAUGAUCGCGAAUGUCAUUUCAUCGAUAGCAUUUUUCGCGAAUUAUGUGGCCGAUUCCUUCUGGUUCCUGACAGUCCUCUCCGUUGUCUUUGGCUUUUCCAUCGGUUUCAAGUCACCUGCACACUUCACUCUCGUCAUGAAAGCAGUUGGGAAGGAACACUUCAAGACGGGAGUAGGAAUUAUAUUUCUAAUUGGCGGCUCUGUCUUCCCUUUCGUUGGAUUAAUAUCAGGUGCAAUCUAUGAUCGGACUCAAUCCUAUGACAUCACAUUUUGCAUCAUGGGGGCUCUGGAUAUCUUUGCCGCAAUUCUCAUUUGCAUCCCUAUAGCCUGGAACAGAUUCGGCAGAAGAGCUAGAGCCUGACUCUUCGGAUUGAUAACAGGGCCUCUUUUAGGAUAUCCGUUUCGUGUAAAGGUCAAUAGGGACAAAUCAGAAAAGCAUAAUGCUGAAAAUUUCAUCAAAAUCAGAUGUAAAAUAGGAAAGUUAUGACAUUUUAAAGUUUCGUUUAUUUUCUACAAAAUAUAAAUGCACAAUUUAGUCAGAUGCAAAUGAGAGAAUCGAUGAUGUCCCUCACUCACUAUUUCUUUUGUUUUUUCAUUGUUUGAAUUAUACAACAUUUCAUUUGUUUACAGAUUUGACAGUAGGGACCAACUUGACUGAACCAUAACAUGAUAAAUAAUGGUAAUCCACAUAUUCAAGGAGGAAUAAAACUUUGUUUCACAUGACAAUGAGGAGAAAAUUACAAUAUUUCAUAUAAAAGAAUACAAAAUAAAUAUUGAGUCGAGUGAGUGAUGUCAUCAGUUCCCUCAUUUGCAUACCGACCGGGAUGUGUAUAUAACUAUUUCGUGAAAUUGAGCAAAACUUUAAAAUGUCAUAACUUUCCGAUUUUACAUUCAAUAUUGAUGAAAUUGUCAGUGUUGCUCUUGAUGAAUAUUUCUCUUUUUAUUCAAAUAAACUUUUCGUUGGGGUGGACUUGUACUUUAAGGACUUAUAAUAAUACAUUUAUAUAGCGCUUCAUACUUUGUGUUUCUAAGCUAUUUACAUUGUAAUUAUUAUUACCCUAGUCAUAGACGUAACCCCACAUGUAAAGUGAACCGCGCGUCUCCACUUCACUCCUUGGGAGUAUCCUGGUCUGGCAACCCUUUUUGGUGCACACAUGCCAAUCUAGUCACACUGACUUUCACACCAUCCCGCGUACCCAUUUAACACAUGGGUGGAGAGUGACAAACGUGGAAAAGUGGCUUGCCAAAGGACAUUAACGCCGGGUGGGAUUCGAACCCUCCACCCUCUGUUUAGAAGUCCAGUAACUAACCUCUAGGCCUACACUACGACUACGAAACCUCCUUAAAACAUACAUGCCUAACGCGGAUGGAUUGAAAAGGGGAUUCGUGCGCCAAUGGUGUACGUGUGUGUGCGGGGUUGGGUAGGGGUAAGGAUGGUUUUGUCCUACAGUGUAAUGGAUGAUCGCGGUAAUCCUGGUGAUAUAUCACAUGUCUGAAAGCCCUACCGACGCUUUGCUCGGAUUCGAAUCCACUACUCAAUAUCAAUUCAUAAACUAUAUUUGUCAGGGGACCGCUUUAGCAGGUGUUGCAGGGAUCGUAACGAAGACGGCAAACGGCUUCAUCGGGUAAGCCCCCGAGGUGAAAAACACGUCUUUCGCUGAUCAUAUGUGACGUGUUAAAAACCCAUAAGCCAGGCGCCAUGUUUACGCUAUCCAAUGUGGCGUAGGCGGGCGCACAAAGUUACAACUUUGCCAGGGUGAUUGAAAAAAAAAAAAAAGGUUUGAGAAUAAAUAAUGCAAGGUGUUUU